CCUGCGCCAUCACGCGCAGGCGCGGCUCGGCCAUGGCGGCGGCUGUGGAAGGGCGCCUCGCUCAGUUCCGCGCUGCCCGCAGCGGCGCUGUCGCUGUUCCGCGCCCCGCCGACCCACCGGGAAAGGCCGCGGCUCCGGAGGCCGUCGAAAAACCGCAGGCAGCCGCAGGGUGCCCGGGCGGCGGCGCUCAGGUCCGUCCCGGCGCGACGGCGGCAGCUCCGGUGUGGGCGCGGCCGCUGUUGCUGAAGGUGUUGCUGUGGACCGUGCUGCUGGCGCUGUUCGCGGAACUGGAACUCGGGCUGCCCUACUUCGUCCUCUCCCUGCUCUACUGGAUGUACGCCGGAACCCUCGGCCCCGCCGAGCGGCGGCCCGGUGAGCUCAGCGCCUACUCCGUCUUCAACCCCGGCUGCGCCGCCAUCGCCGGGACGCUGACUGCCGAGCAGCUGGAGCGGGAGCUGCACUACCGGCCCGCCACGGGCAGGUAGCACCCGGCCCGGCGGGGACUGCGCUGUGCUGGGCUGGCCUCGCAGCCGCCGCCCCGAGGAAGGGCCGGGCCUUGGGGGAAUGAAAUGGGGUUUGUUCCUAUGCAAAAAUUCGCCUGAGCCAUACUGCUGGACCCGGGUCUCCCGGCGCCGGACCGUCCCGAAUAAAGCCGUAGCAAAGCCUGC